GAAGACGUGCCAUGUAUAAUACAGAGGCUAGGUUACCUGUGUAUCCCACCCAUUCCAGACACGGACGAAGACUGGCCUGGAACUCCUCGUAGCCUAGAGGCGAAUGUAAUGGAUAUGGGGGAGGGGAUGUACCGAGCCGAAUUCAUAUGGCAGGCUCCCUACGACUCCUCCAUUGGCAGUUUACGGGGAUUCCUGAUGAUGGUUCACUGUGAAGACAAGGAGAUAGGUAGCAUUGGCCUCGCUCGCUGUUUCUAUGUUAACUUGACAGACGACACGUGGGCGGAACGACGGCGCGCACAUGAUGUCAAGUUUAAGUUCACAUGUGUACAGUCGUCGAAAAAUGUAAAGGUGACAUUGCACCUGUCCAGCUUGCCCAGACCUCCAAACAGCAUACGGACAAGUGUCUCAAAGAUGAUCACACUGCCAGGCUCCCGUCCGCAUUGGAACCCUCAGAUCGACACCGAGGUGGAGCAGGGUCCUGAUAGUACGUCAAGCCUCAAAGUCAGAUUCCAGCCACUGUACCCAGGGGCGGCGGCUCAUCAUGUUAUUCUGACAAAGAAUAGCAAAUCAGUCAACCGUACCCUCAUUAAGGCGCCACAGAAUAAAGUCAUCUUCGAGUGUGUGCCAAGCAACGUCAAUUACACCAUCUGGUUGAGACCAGUGGAUGUCCGUGAACAAUAUAUAGGGGACCACUUCUUGGAGUCGAAACCGUUCAACAUACCAG